UAAGGUCGUUUUUCCUGCUUCCCGUACAACUUCAAUCUGACACCUCGUCCAGCUGACAAGACCUUGGAAAAGUUUCUGGCAUUCGGCAAGUUCGCUGGGAUUGACCUUUUCCACGAGCUUACGCAAGGUUGAGCUUCCUCGGUGCUUUCUCGGCACGCAAAGUUCAGACGCUCUUUAGACGUUAGAAUUUCACUCCAACAAGUUCUCUCUUACGUUCACUUAUUAUCUUUCCUCCCAUUAAGAUCGAAACGAGUUCUUCCUUUCUUUGAAAUUUCAUCCUCGUAAAAUAUACGAAGAGUUAUUUAAAGAAUUAGGAGAGACAUAGUCUUUCGGUUCUAAUCGAAAAUAAUUUGUUAAUGAUCGAGAUUAAUUUAAUAAGAGAAAUAAAAGGAUGACAAAAAGGUUAGGAGGGUAGGUCGUGACUAUUCGUAUCAUCCUGUAAGCUCAUCGCUCUUGGUACCUCUCCUACUCCUUCCACCUUCACCCUUAAAACAUAAUAAGCCUCCUACGGCAAGCAGUUUAGCUAUUAUUGACGAAAACAGACUCUCUGCUCUAAUUGCGAACCGAUCGAUAAGCAUCGAUGAGAGACUCCUACGGUACCCUGAGUAGCAGUUGGAACUUAUCCUUGCCGGAGUUCGCGUCGAGGAAAGUUCAUUUCUCUUUCUCUCUCUCUCUCUCUCUCUCUCUCUCUCUCUCUCUCUCUUUCUUUCUUUUUAGAAGAGUGAUAGAGUUUUUGAAAAUUCGGACUUCGGAUUCUUUGAAAGUUGCUCGACGUUGUUUACAAGUGGACGAUAUUUUUCGAAGAAAAUUUUCUCUAUCCGUUUCUUAUUUUCUUCUUUCUGUUUUUCUUCUUCUUUCAUUUUGCUUCGAAGUUUUGCCUAUUAGGAGGACGAGCACGUGUUUGUUGUCGGCAACGACGAAAGUGUUUCGCGAAUGAAUUUAAGAUGAUUGCCAAUGAUCGGUUGGACAGUGUCCCGAUGACAUGAAAGGGUAGACGGAAAACAAAAUGGAUAAAUACGAGAAUAUUGAAAUCGUCGGUGAAGGUAGUUACGGUAUCGUGAUGAAAUGUAGACAUCGUGAAACCGGCCAGAUGGUCGCGAUAAAAAAGUUUUUAGAAACAGAAGAGGAUGUUCAAGUUCGAAAAUUGGCCCUUCGAGAGAUUCGGAUGUUGAAGAAACUGCAUCAUGAGAACAUCAUCGAUAUGAUCGAGGUCUUUCGCCGUAGAAAAAGAUUUUAUUUGGUUUUUGAAUUCCUGGAUCACACUGUCCUCGAUGAAUUAGAACGAUCCCCCGAUGGUCUUGGAUUAGAAGUUUCGAAACGCUACAUUUUUCAAGUACUUCGUGGCCUGAAUUUCUGUCACAAUAGUCAAAUUAUGCACAGAGAUGUCAAACCAGAAAACGUCUUGGUAUCGUCGAACGGUGUGAUCAAACUCUGCGAUUUUGGUUUCGCACGAUUAAUCAGCAACUCGAAAGAAUCCUGUACGGAUUAUGUAGCAACGAGAUGGUAUCGUGCACCGGAACUUCUCGUUGGUGAUUCGAGAUAUGGCAAAGAAAUUGAUAUUUGGGCGGUCGGUUGUCUUUAUGCUGAAAUUAUGACUGGCGAUCCAAUUUUUCCAGGAGAAAGUGAUAUCGAUCAGCUUUACAGAAUCACUAAAGUCCUAGGAAGUAUUCAUUCACUUGGUAAAAACCAAGUGUCAAUGGGACAAAACUUUCUUUCUAGACCAUUACGAUUUACCUCCGUCGAUGAGCUCAUGAUUUCUCAAGAACCAUUAUCCUUACGAAAUCUCUUUCCUUCGUGGAAUUCAGAGAGCUUGGAUUUUCUUUCACAGUGUCUUCGUAUGAAUCCAAACACCAGACCUAACUGUUCCGCUUUACUCGAUCACUUUCUUUUCCACCAGGACAAUUUUAGUGAGAAAUUUCUUGAAGAAUUAAAAAUGUAUGUUGCUAAGGAGUCGUACUUAAAUUCAUUUUCAAGGAAAAAGAUCCAGGAUCGAAAAGUUUUUUCGGCUAAGCAAAAUCUUAGAGUUUGCCGCGGCAGCGCUGGAAAGUGGCAAAUGACGAUUUUACACGAUACGAAAGAAUUAUGCAACAAAAUAGAAUUCGAUAGUACCGUCGAAGAAAUACAACGAAAACCAGCCGCUUUACAAAUCAGUCGUCCGCGAGAAGUUUGCUACUUUGGUCCAGUCUCCGUGAUACCUAAUACGACUUAUAUACGAAGGUUGGAGCUUAAAGGUCUUCGAAUAAAAAAUUCGAAGGGUUGUUCCUUACCAGCCUUAACGCCAAAAGGUUCGAUACAAGCGAAAAUGAAUAGUAAGAGAAAGAGGCUGGAUUUGCCUUCUGUCAAUCAUUAGAAAUGUACAUUUAUUUCUUAAUCAGUCUUCAUUGCUUUAUUAUAUAAUUUUUCUUUCUUUCUUUUUUUUUUUUAUUCUUUAAUAAGUGUCUUUUGCUUUCGAGUUGGAUACUUAGUACGGUCGAUGAAAGUAGAUACGAAAAUUUUUUAUAAUUUAUAUCAAGUUUAAUUAUAAUCGGUAUAAUAUAUAAAGGGACUUAUUUUAUAUUCAACUUAUUUUAAUUAAUUAAUCGUCGAAUUAGCUUAAUCAUCUACGUGUGAAUUUUUUCUUUUGAUGGUAAGAAUUUUAUGAUAAAAUACUACUACGAAAUCAUAUUCACGAAUAUGUAAUAUAUUAUCGAGAUUAUGGUUUCUUUCGCUAUUGAAUAUGUGCGUGCAUAAUUUCGAUAUAUUCUAUAGAAUAUAUAAAAGAAUUUUAUUGACGAAGUGACUUACAUGAUUUUUGAUUGAGGAAUAAAAUAAUUCAUUAUGAUGCAAGACGAAAUAUCAAACGAUAUUAUACUAUAAUAAUAUAAAUAUAAUUAAUGCGGAAAUGUAGAAGAUUUUGGCUGUGGUUUAGUAUGAGAAAUUAGGGAUCAUUAACGAAGCCAUUCCUUCGGUAAACAGUUUAAAUGACGUGAUAAUCUAUUUUAUAUUUCCAAAAAUUGUAAAUAAAAUGGAGUCUUAUUUAAUAUGCUUAUGUA